AUGGCACCCAAUGCCGUAGGGAGCUACGAUUACCUUUCACCUGGGUUAUGGGUAAGAAAGUGGGCCGACCUUGGGGAAUAUGAAAAUCAUGGUCAGCCAAAGAGAUGUUGGCUUCUGAGUACGAAUAUAAAGGUAAACCGAGGUGUGUUACCCCCCAAAAUCCUAGUCAAAUUACUCGAAACAUCUAAUCCCUUCCAAUUUCUGUUUGCCAGGAAUUCCCGUAACGCCAAAAGCAGAAAACCCUCGCAAAGUCAUAUAACGCAUGCCCUUCCAGUCUGUCGAUUCGGACAAUCGGCCAUUACCCUUUUGCCCACAAGCACUCGAGUACAUAAGGCUCGCCCUGUGGUGCCCUCUCACCACCUGAGGGCCCCCAAACCACCAACCAUCGACGAAAAUCCCCGCCAUCGUCCCCAUGACCGCCGAAAAGACCAAUCAUCUAUCCGGAAUCCAUGCACACUCAAAGUCGACAUGAAACGCAAGCGCAAAAACGAAAAAAGCAAGAACGGGCACGCAGACUUGCAAGAUGAAGGACACACCAAGAUACAUGAUCACCGGCCGUUACAAAGGAAUUCGUUGCCUGUUUUGCCCAACCUUCUCUGUCCAGAGACCGUUCCCUUUGCCCUAAAGUUGGGUUCACCUCGUCUGACUCUCAUUGGCAGGAAGGAUAAAAAGAGACGCCUUUCCCCACACGUAACCAUGCCGGCGGCUGAUUAUCAAAUGGAAUAUCACCUUGCUAUUUGA